AUGACGGUUGACGACAAGACGGAGUCUAACAGCACCGAGUCGACCGAGACAGGGACCGAACCUCCCCAAGCCUCGGUUGGCUUCUGGGAUCCAGCCUUACGAGAGACCCGCAAGCGAAUCAUAUUCCUCUGGGGUCGGACAAUAUUGGGAUUGUGUGUUUUUAUUCUCUGUGUUCUAUCCCUUUACUGGGCCAUUCAAUUCCGGUCUGAGGACAGACUGCACACUUUGACUAUUUGGGUGGUCGAUUUCGAUAACCAGGUGGAACCAUACAAGAAUGAGAGCAUCACACCCAUCAUUGGACCGGCUGUGACUGAUGUCGCGAAUCGUUUCAUUGAGUCGGACACGGAGCAUGUCGGAUACAAAAUCAGAUCUCCCGCAGAUUUCAACUAUGAUCCUUGGGCCGUCCGACAAGGCGUCUAUGACGAACUUGCAUAUGCUGCAAUCAUUGUCAACCCCAAUGCUACCACUCUCCUGUAUGAUGCCGUGACGAACGGGAACUCGUCGUACGACCCCAACGGCGCUGCUCAGUUUAUAAUCAUCAGCGCGCGUGAUCAGACCACAUAUUCGAGCUAUAUCGAUCCGGCCUUGUCCUCGUUCCAGCUGGAUGUUCUUGCCGAGUUUGGCCCCAGGUGGAUUCAGACUCUCGCACAACAGUCUAUGAACAUCUCUCGGGUGCCCCAGGCUGUCAAUCCGGCAAUCGGCUUUCAGAAAGUUGACCUUCGACCGUUCGGCCCUGCUGCUGCGACGCCGUCCGUGACUAUUGGGUUGAUUUACCUGAUCAUUAUCGCCUUUUUCAACUUUCCAUUCCUCAUGCCUGUCCACAUGCAGCUCAUCAAGGGGAACCACCCGCCGCUGAAGAUCCCGCAGUGGCUCGUCUGGCGUCUGAGUUCGAGCAUCGUGGCCUACUUUUUCCUGUCGCUGUUUUAUUCCUUUGUGUCGCUGGCCUUCCAGAUCCCGUUCAGCAACAGUCCGGCCCCGGAUACGUUGCCAGCCUACAAUGCCAACGCGUAUGGACACGGAUCGUUCGUGGUAUUCUGGAUGCUGAACUGGGUUGGCAUGGCUGCGCUGGGACUGCCCUGCGAGAACAUGGGCAUGAUCCUCGGGUUUCCCUACAGUGCGCUCUUUCUGAUUUUCUGGGUUAUUACCAACGUCGCCACCGGCUUUUAUGCGUUGGAUCUGGCGCCUGGAUUCUUCGCUUGGGGUUACGCCUGGCCUUUGCAUCGCAUUGUCGAGGCACUCCGAACUAUUCUCUUCGGCACACAUUCACGAAUCGGACUCGACUUUGGCAUUCUGUUUGUGUGGAUCGCUGUUUCUAUCCUGGUAUACCCAUUUGCGGCAUUUAUCAUGCGCUGGAAGAUGAAGCGGGGAUUGUGA